AUGUUAUUCUUAAAGAUAUUUAGAAUUAAAAUUAUUCAAAGAUUGAUAUUUAAUAAGAUAAAAGAGAUUCACAAAUCCUUAGAGACAGAAGGAAUAUCAUGGAAAAACUUAUAUCGUCACCCUCGCAUCUUAGUGUGGCCAUCUGCAAUAUUUGAUGGAAACUAUGAAUUGGCUGAAUUCAUUUACAACUAUCUCAAUAGCAGACCUAUUAACUUCUCGGUGCAUCUUCGUGACAGGUAUUUCGCAACGUUUGAAGAGGUUGUCAAACAAAAGAGAAUAGAUCUUAUCAAGAUCAUGGAUAGAGAUUAUAAGUUGUCUGCUCCGUGGUAUGGAAUCGAGAAAUAUGCAUCGCAAACAUCGGAAUUGAUACGCACAGUGGCAAAGCAUGGAUUCGUCGAAGGCAUCGAUUAUUUUCUCACAAAAUAUAGCUAUGAAGACAUUCCAUUCAAUGUACUUCUUCAAAGAGCAGUUGCCACUAAACAUAGAGAAAUGGUUAGAUGUCUAUUGGAUCAUGGAAAACCUAAACAUGCAUAUGGACGUGAUAUCAUUAGAUGCAAUGACAUAGAGAUCUACAAACUACUUUAUUUGCAUCGAUCAAGAGAGUUUAAAGCUGAAAUUCUACACAAUAUUUUAACUAGAAUUAGUUUGCAUUUCAUAGAGUUCAUGUAUGAGAAUAGAUCUGACAAAUCAGUAGAUCCUUUUCAAUUCUAUCGAGCAAAUCUAUUCUAUAUUCUAAUUAAACAAGACUCUUUCGAUAAGUUACAAUUCUUCAUAAAAGUACGAGAGAGUGUAUGUUAUUAUACAUUGAUAAUCACUGCUGUAAGGUUCGAGAGAAGCGAGAUGCUACGCUUUAUAAUCACUUCAAGAAACAAUGAAAAUAGAAAAAGAUAUCGAAAUAUCAAAACAGCAGAACGUCUUCGAAACAGAGCAAUCUCUUCACUCCAACAAUAUGGUAGAUGCGAUACCCUAGUUGAAGAAAUAACGAAUGACAUUCUAAAUGUUAAACUAUCAUAA